GCAGACGCGGAUGCUCUCGGGCAGUGGUGGCCGCGGUGCGGGGCGGUGGGGGCAUGGCGGCCCCGGACAGCUGCGUGAAGGUGGCGGUGAGGAUCCGUCCCCAGCUGUCCAAAGAGAAAAUCGAGGGGUGUCACAUCUGCACCUCCGUGACUCCCGGCGAGCCCCAGGUGCUGCUGGGGAAGGACAAAGCCUUCACCUAUGACUUUGUCUUUGACUUGGACACGUGGCAGGAGCAGAUCUACACAACGUGCGUGGGCAAGCUCAUUGAAGGCUGCUUCGAGGGCUACAAUGCCACCGUGCUGGCGUACGGCCAGACUGGUGCGGGUAAGACGUACACCAUGGGCACCGGCUUUGACAUGAGCAUCUCUGAGGAUGAGCAGGGCAUCAUCCCGCGGGCCAUCGGCCACCUCUUCAGCGGCAUCGAGGAGCGCAAGCGGGCGGCGCAGAGCCAGGGGGUGGCAGCACCUGAGUUCAAAGUCAGCGCCCAAUUCCUGGAGCUCUACAACGAAGAGAUCCUGGACCUGUUUGACAGCACCCGUGACCCAGACUCACGUCACCGCAAAUCCAACAUCAAAAUCCACGAGGAUGCCAGCGGGAGCAUCUACACCACGGGGGUCACAUCGCGGCUCAUCAGCUCACAGGACGAGCUCAUCCAGUGCCUGAAGCAGGGGGCUCUUUCCCGCACCACUGCCAGCACCCAGAUGAACGUGCAGAGCUCCCGGUCCCAUGCCAUCUUCACCAUUCAUCUGUGCCAGAUGAGAGUGUGUGCCCGCCCUGAGCUGGUGAACGGGGAGGUGACCGGCCUGCCGGAUGGAGCCCAGCCCACCACUGAGUAUGAGACCCUCACAGCCAAGUUUCACUUUGUGGACCUGGCUGGCUCGGAGAGGCUGAAGAGAACAGGUGCUACCGGCGAGAGAGCGAAGGAAGGCAUCUCCAUCAACUGUGGGCUGCUGGCGCUGGGGAAUGUCAUCAGUGCCCUUGGAGACCAGAGCAAGAAAGCCGUGCAUGUGCCCUACCGCGACUCCAAGCUCACCCGCCUGCUGCAGGAUUCCCUCGGUGGCAACAGCCAAACCAUCAUGAUCGCCUGCGUGAGCCCAUCUGACCGAGACUUCAUGGAGACCCUGAACACUCUCAAGUAUGCCAACCGGGCUCGCAACAUCAAGAACAAGGUGGUGGUGAACCAGGACAAGACAAGUCAGCAGAUCAGUGCCCUGAGGGCUGAGAUCGCCCGUCUGCAGAUGGAGCUGAUGGAGUACAAAGCAGGCAAGAGGGUCAUUGGGGAGGACGGUUCGGAGGGCUACAGCGAUCUGUUCCGUGAGAACGCCAUGCUGCAGAAGGAGAACAGCGCCCUGCGCAUGCGGGUGAAGGCCAUGCAGGAGGCCAUCGACUCCAUCAACAACAGGGUCACCCAGCUGAUGAGCCAGGAGGCCAACUUGAUGCUGGCCAAGGCAGGUGAUAGUAACGAGGCCAUCGGUGCUCUCAUCCAGAACUACAUCCGAGAGAUUGAGGAGCUGAGGACAAAGCUCCUGGAGAGUGAAUCCAUGAAUGAGUCCCUCCGUCGCAGCCUCUCGCGCCUCUCUGCCCGCCCCUCCUUCUCCGUGGGCUCAUCCCCAGCUCCUGGCCUGGCUGGGCUGGGCAGUCCUGCUGCCCCCGUGGAAACCGAGGCCUCUGAUGUCCUGCGACGCGCCAAGCAGGACCUGGAGAGGCUGAAAAAGAAAGAGAGGAGGCAGCGGAGGAAAAGCCCAGAGAAGGAAGCGUUUAAGAAGCGGCCAAAGCUGCAGCAGGACAACGGGGAGGAGACGGACGAGAAUGAAGCAGAAGAGGAGGAGGAGGAGGAGGAACAGGAUGAGAGUGGCUGUGAGGAAGAGGAUGGACGUGAGGAUGAAGACGAAGACUCAGGCAGUGAAGAAAGCCUGGCGGACUCAGACUCAGAUGCAGAGGAGAAGGCCGUGAAUUUCCAGGCUGACCUUGCAGAUUUGACCUGCGAGAUAGAGAUCAAGCAGAAGCUGAUCGAUGAGCUGGAGAACAGCCAACGGCGCCUGCAAACACUGAAGCACCAGUAUGAGGAGAAGCUGAUCCUGCUGCAGAACAAGAUCCGGGACACGCAGCUGGAGCGGGAUCGGGUCCUGCAGAACCUCAGCACCAUGGAGUGCUACACGGAGGAGAAAGCCAACAAGAUCAAAGCAGACUAUGAGAAACGGCUGAAGGAGAUGAACAGGGACCUGCAGAAGCUGCAGGCUGCCCAGAAGGAGCACGCCCGCCUGCUCAAGAACCAGUCCCGCUACGAGCGGGAGCUGAGGAAGCUGCAGGCAGAGGUGGCUGAGAUGAAGAAAGCAAAGGUCGCGCUGAUGAAGCAGAUGCGGGAGGAGCAGCAGCGGAGACGACUGGCAGAGACAAAGAGGAACAGGGAGAUAGCACAGCUCAAGAAGGAGCAGCGCCGGCAGGAGUUUCAGAUCCGGGCUCUGGAGUCUCAGAAGCGGCAGCAGGAAAUUGUGCUGCGGAGGAAAACUCAGGAGGUCUCAGCGCUGCGCCGUCUCGCCAAGCCCAUGUCAGACCGAGUUGCAGGCAGGACGAGCCAGAAGCCAGCCAUGCUGGACUCCGGUGCAGAGGUCUCAGCCAGCACCACCUCCUCUGAGCCAGAGUCCGGCGCUCGCUCCGUCUCCAGCAUCGUGCGCCAAUGGAACAGAAAGAUCAAUAACUUCCUGGGAGACCCCUCAACUUCUGUCAAUGGGGCGCGGCCAGUCAGGAAGAAGUUCCCCAAGAAGGGAUCAAGUCAGACCUUCAGUAAAGCUGCCCGCCUCAAGUGGCAGUCGCUGGAACGGCGCAUCUUUGACAUCGUGAUGCAGCGGAUGACCAUCAUCAACCUGGAGGCUGACAUGGAGAGGCUCAUCAAGAAACGAGAGGAGCUGGCACUGCUGCAGGAGGCCCUGCUGGGCAAGAGGGCGAAACUGCAGGCAGAGAGCCCAAAGGAGCAGAAGGGGCUGCAGGAGCUGAACGAGGAGAUUGAGGUGCUGGGGGCCAACAUCGACUACAUCAACGACAGCAUCUCUGACUGCCAGGCUACCAUCAUGCAGAUUGAGGAGACCAAGGAGGAGCUGGACUCCACGGACACCUCGGUGGUGAUCAGCUCCUGCUCCCUGGCUGAAGCCCGGCUGCUGCUGGACAACUUCCUGAAGGCAUCCAUCGACAAGGGCCUGCAGGUGGCACAGAAGGAGGCCCAGAUCCGCCUCCUGGAGGGACGCCUGAAGCAGACGGAUGUGACUGGCUCCUCACAGAACCACCUCAUCCUGGAUGCCCUGCGGGAGAAGGCUGAGUCACACCCUGAGCUCCAGGCGCUGAUCCACAACGUCCAGCAAGAGAACGGCUACACCAGCACAGAUGAGGAGGUCUCUGAAUUCAGCCUGGCCUCGGAUGGAAGCAUCUCCCAGUCUUUCAGCAUGAAGGGCUCAGCAAGCCAGGAUGAUUUCAAGUUCAAGGGAGAGCCCAAGCUCUCAGGGCAGAUGAAGGCAGUGUCAGCUGAAUGUCUUGGACCCACGCUGGACAUCUCCACCAAGAACAUCACCAAGUCCUUGGCAUCCCUCAUGGAGAUCAAAGAGGAUGGGAUCAGCUUCUCGAUCCGGGACCCCUAUUACAAGGAGAAGGUGUCGCGCACCGUCAGCCUGCCCACGCGAGGAAGCACCUUUCCCAGACAAUCUCGUGUCUCAGACACGUCGCCUCUCACAAGGAGGAAAUCCUAUGACCGUGGGCAACCUGCUAGGCCUCCAGAUGUUGGCUUCACUCCUCCCUCAUCCCCACCCACGCGCCCACGCAACGACCGCAAUGUCUUCUCUCGUCUCACGAGCAACCAGAGCCAGGGGUCUGCCUUGGACAAGUCUGAUGACAGCGAUUCCUCUGUCUCGGAGGUGCUGAGGGGCAUCAUUAAUCCAGUGGGCGGCACCAAGAAUGCCCGGACAGCCCCCCUGCAAUGUGUCUCCGUGGCAGAAGGACACACCAAACCUGUGCUCUGCCUGGAUGCCACCGAUGAGCUGCUUUUCACUGGCUCCAAAGACCGGAGCUGUAAGAUGUGGAACUUGGUGACGGGUCAGGAAAUCGCUUCCCUCAAAGGUCACCCAAAUAAUGUCGUUUCCAUCAAGUACUGCAGCCACACGGGGCUGGUGUUCACCGUGUCCACGUCGUACAUCAAAGUGUGGGACAUCCGGGACUCAGCCCGCUGCAUCCGCACCCUCACGUCUUCUGGCCAGGUGAUCUCUGGGGAUGCGUGUGCUGGGACAACCACCCGCACUGUGACCAGCGUGCAGGGGGAGCACCAGAUCAACCAGAUUGCUCUCAACCCCACUGGCACCACCCUCUAUGCUGCCACCGGUAACUCUGUCCGCAUCUGGGAGCUGAGCAGGCUGCAGCCUGUUGGGAAGCUGAGUGGCCACAUUGGACCCGUGAUGUGUCUCACAGUGAACCAGACAGCAAGCAACCACGACCUGGUGGUGACAGGCUCCAAAGAUCACUACGUCAAGGUGUUUGAGAUUGCUGAGGGCAUGGUGGGCAAUAUUGGCCCCACUCACAACUUCGAGCCCCCUCACUACGAUGGCAUCGAGUGCCUGGCCAUCCAGGGAGACGUCCUCUUCAGUGGCUCCAGGGACAACGGCAUUAAGAAGUGGGAUCUGGAGCAGCAGGAACUUCUCCAGCAAAUCCCAAAUGCGCACAAAGACUGGGUUUGUGCCCUGGCCUUCAUCCCCGGCCGCCCCAUGGUGCUGAGUGCCUGCCGAGGAGGUGUGAUCAAAGUCUGGAACGUGGAUAACUUCACCCCGGUUGGGGAGAUCAAGGGGCACGACAGCCCCAUCAAUGCCAUCUGCACCAACUCCAAGCACAUCUUCACUGCCUCCAGCGACCUGACAGUGAAGCUCUGGAGUGGGAGGAGGUUACCCACCAGCUCCAACUAGGAACUGCAGAACGACUGGAAGAUGUAGCAGGAGGGUGAAGGCUGGAGUACAUCUCCUUUGCUACCAAGACCCCAUCAUCUAUGGGAGCUCAGCCCAGGGAUGGGGAUUUUUGUGCCUGACCCGACAGGGUGGGUGAGAUCCACCUUGUCCCAUCUUUGAGCACUGACAGAUCCCGUGAAGAGGCAGCUCAGUGAAGCACCAUCAGCUCCGCUUUGCCCCCUGCUGCAGUUUCUCAGUAGUUUUCCAGUGACCAGGAAAGACUUCAUCUCUCUUCUCACCCACCCUGCUGUGCUGCCCGCCAGGUCUGGGAGGGGUUGGAGUCCAGGUGAGCUCCCUGGCUCCUUUUCAGAGACACCCAGCUCCCUCCUGCCACCGUGGCUUCAUGCAGCCUCUGCCUGGAUGUGCUGCUUUUGUCCCCGCUGUCUCCAGGGCUGGUUCCUGCAGGAGUCUUUCUCCGUUCCACAGUCUCAAGGCUAUUUGAAGUCUUCUGGCUGGGACCAGAGGUCAGGUUGUUCUUUUUUUUCCUUUGGAGACGUUACCUGUGGGAUGUCCUCUGUGCUGCGGUGGAUCUGCAGAAGGACCUUCAUUUAGUUCCAUCCUCCCGUAACCUCAGCAUGCCUGGCUGCAGCAGCUGGAGCUGCACGUCUGACCUGGCUCACCCUGAGCUUCCCUGCUGUGCCAUCACACCGCCUCCAUCCCGACCUGCUGCGCUUCCCUGCAGCGAUCUCUGAAUCCCGACUGCAAACUCUGCUGACUCUCUGCUCUUCCCCAUCUGCCCUCUUUGCAGUGGGGUAGGGUGGGGAGGGGCUUCUCGCCCUCAGCUCUGGCUGCAGAUGGGUGAGGACAGAGAUGGCUGUGCCAGGAGCGGAGUGCAGACGGGUUGGACACUGAUCCUGCACGAGUCCCCCCAUGGCUGCACGCCUGAAGGACAAUCCUACAGAGAACGGUCGUGCACAGCUGGAGCCCUUCAGAAGGCUGAAGGCUCAGCCCAGGAGCUUCAAUGAGGGCACAGCCUCUCCAGCUGCCCUGCUCGCUCGUCUCUGGUCAGGGGGCCGACAAGGCCCUGGUCUCACACUGGAGUUUUCUUCUACCUCUCCUGUGGUCCCUCGGAGCAUCCCCUGCUCCAUCCUGCCCUGCCCCACGCUGGGCUCGUGGGGGAAUGGCUGCGUUGACCCCGGGAGUGGUGGUCUCUCCUUAUGCGCUCUCACUUCUCUUUUGUCACUGAAGAAACAAUGUUUGAACUUGGACUGAAGGAUUUCUCCACGUGAUCCCAUUGGUGCUGACCUGGAUCUCGGAGGAGCUCCAGGAUGUGCCCCGUAAAGCACAGACCAAUUUCCUUCUGCAGCCCUGUGUUUUUCUGUCACCAGCCCUCGUUCAAACCACUGCAGGUGGGAAUUUCUGCACACCUUGAAACAGGAGCAUCUCCACUGACUUGAUGGAGUCCUUCUUUUAUCAUUCGGGGCGGGGGUGGGGGGGGGGGGAAGAAAAUGCUGUUUACACGCCCCGGUGGAGGACACGAUGGCGUGCACAGGGUCACCCUGCCCAGCACAGGAUGGUGACUGCUCCUGGGUCACAACUGGGAGCUGGAGGCAGUGCUGCCCUCAGCCCGUUCUUUUUCACUGGGAUGUGUGUGUCUGCCUUGGUGUGGCUGUAGCUGGGUGUACCGUAGGCAUUGGUGUCUGAGUACCUGUGUGGGUUGAUAUUGCCCAUGUGGAAGAGUGACUAUUUUUUUUUUUGGGGGGGGGGGGGGGGGGGUGUUGAUUUGGUUUAGCUACCUCACGGUGCAAGCUGGGUGCUGUUGUCAUUGAUUUCAUUUUGGGGUGGGCUGGGGGAGCUCGAGGGGAUUUUGUCUGUAUUCCUUUGGCCAUUGCUGUUGUUAUGGUUUUAAGUCUGUCCCAAAGACACACGGCCUCACUGCACCUUGCUGUGUUUCUGAGCCCCUCCUGUGUCCCAGCACUGAGAUUUCCCUCCUGUUGCUGGAGGAUGCUUGGAGCAGGGCUCUGUGCUUUUGCUCUUAGGCGUUGGGUUGAUGUGCAGCCUGGAGGGGGUGGCUACUUUGAAGGACAGAAAGGUCCCUCUGUAGGGCUGAGCUCAGCCUGUGUUCUUGCCUCUGCUCUCACAGAUAUUUGCUGUGGGUGCAAAGAAGCUCUUCUUGUCUGGGCAAUGCCAUGCAGGGCACGUUGUUGGAAUGGGCUGGUCCUAGUCCCUGUGUUCCAGAGCCUGCUGUGAUGUGGUAGCAGCAGGCAGCUGGUGCUGUAACAGCCUCUGCCCGAGGUGGAGGCAGUCUGAGAUGAACUGAAUCUUAUAUGUGCUGUUUGAGCUUUUGUCCCCAAAAUGUAGUUCAAUCUAGAUCCCGUCCCAGGCACUGAACAUGACUAGGACAGCCCUAGGAGGCUGGUGCGGGGUUCUGCCCUGCUCCCCAGCACAGGGGUCUGUGGGGGGGCAGCUCUGAGCCGUGCUGUCAGGUGGGGGGGGGCAGGUCCCCCAAAUGCUAAAGCACAAAGUCCCACCCCACCUGCAGUCCAGCAAGCGUGGCCCCUUGGCCUCUGGUCCUUCAGCUCUUUCUCUUGCUGCUGGCUGCCCUGCCUCUGCCCGUGGUCAGGCACCAGGAGGCCCCGGGGCUGCACUUGCCUAUUUUGCCAUCUGUUCCAGGCCCCAGAGCACAGUGCCUGCAGUCCCCAGCUGGAUGGAGCUGUGGGCUUUGGACACAGAGGGUGAAGGUUAAGGGCUGGGGUGCAGAUGGGGUCCAUCCUUUCGCACUGUGCUGGGUGCUCCUUUGGGGCUCAGGACUUGCACUGCUUUCUUGUGAUCUCUGAGCCUGUCUGCACCUCAUUUUGCUUCUCCCUCGGUGCCUUUGUUUGUGCCAAGCAUGGGGAUGAUAGCUGCUGUCCAGGGAGCUCCUUCCCUUGCUGAGAGCUGGGGGACUUCUUGUUCCUGGGCUCUGCCUCUCACUCCCGGAUCUCCUCCCAGCACACAGGGGCCAGCUUCACGCUCUGCUGAGGGCACAGCACUGCCUGGAGCUGAGCUUUGCACAGAAGGGAUGGAGUUGACUCAGAAGCCCAAAUUUUCGGGCCCCCAAACCACUGUGAGCCCACCCAGGGAGCUGCAGCUCUCCCGGCACAAAAGGCUGUAGGGCUGCCCCCAGCCCGGCCAGCUGUGAGAAGCACAAGGGUACGUUGUUCCUCCCCAGCACCUCCAAGCACAGCUGCUUUGGGCUCCCUGCCUCGGCAGUCUGCUCCCAGGGUGCCCUCCCAUCCCGUGCUGGAUGGGGUCCAGGUACGAUCCCACACAGCACUUGUCACUUGUCCCCUUCCCUUGCAGCAUGCUCACCGCUGCUUCGCUCCAUCCUGCAGGCAGCAUCACCCUCCCCAGGGCUCCCACCAGCCGCCCCUCACACCCUGCGGUGCUCCCACCAGAACUGGGGAGGGGUCCCAGCACAGUCCCACACCCCCCAGGCCUUUCCAACAAAGCAUUGCCCUUCACCUUCCUGCUGCCCCGGGGCUUUGUCCGCAUUCCCAGUGGAGCAGCUCUGCCCCUUUACCUGCUCACUGCUCUGCAUCCCACUGCCACCCUGCACUCUGCUCCCUGCACUGCAGCGCUGCACCGCCUGCUCCAUCAGCCCGUCCCGCUGCACAGCUGGCACAGCAGCAGUGCCUUUUUUGCUCGGAGCUGUCGUGCAGAGGCCAACUCCUGUUUGUGAAGGCUUUUCUUCUCUGCUGGGUGCCACAGCCCAGCGCUGCGGUCUGGGUUUGUCAAGGUGUGUACAGAUAUUUUAUACCUCGAUGUGUUCCUGUAAAUAGUGUAACUUAUUUCGGUCUCAUGAUGUACGUUUGUUUGGUUUUUUUCCCAAUGGAUGUGUUUGUUCCUUGCCUCUUUGUCUUCACAAAUAAAGCGUAUUGAAAGGAA